AAUUUCCUGUUCUGUCUCCUCCUCUUCCUCUUCGCUUUGUCAAUGCACUGGAGAGAGCACGAUAAGGGCGAGUCACUCAUAGAGGCUGCUUUUCUGUUGUUUUCACAUCAGUAUCAUGCCUGAACCAGCAAAGUCCGCGCCUAAGAAGGGCUCCAAGAAGGCCGUCACGAAGACCGCCGGUAAGGGAGGAAAGAAGCGCAAGAGGUCCAGGAAGGAGAGUUACGCUAUCUACGUCUACAAAGUCCUGAAGCAGGUUCAUCCUGACACCGGCAUCUCUUCCAAGGCGAUGGGCAUCAUGAACUCUUUCGUUAACGACAUCUUCGAGCGCAUCGCCGGUGAGUCGUCUCGUCUCGCUCACUACAACAAGCGCUCCACCAUCACUUCUAGAGAGAUCCAGACCGCCGUGCGUCUGCUGCUGCCCGGAGAGCUGGCCAAACACGCCGUGUCCGAGGGCACCAAGGCAGUGACCAAAUACACCAGCUCCAAGUAGAGAUUUAACCGAGACUCUCAGCGACCCAAAGGCUCUUUUAAGAGCCACCCAUCUUCUCGUUAAAGAGCUUCUGUUGUUUGUAUAAUAUGUUGAAAUCUAAAUGUGUUACGUGUUGGAAAUAAGUGGAUUUCUAGAUUUUUAAACCGUAA